UAGAAGAAGACAGUUUACGUCUGUCCACAUUCUGCGGCUUUUUCGGUUCAGUCUCUCGGUCGGUGGAAGAGCGAGACCUCUCACAGGAGGUGGAGUUCGCCGUGCUUAAGCUACGCGGGACCAGUCGUCUCCUGCGAUGUUAACAGAGAGCUGAAAAGACAGACCUGCUUGCUCCGAUACAUGACAGCGUACACGAGUCAUGGAGCUCCACAGAUCCUUGAGCUUGUGGAUAUUGUGUUUGUGUCUUGUUGGAGAAAGUUUGACUGAAAAGCCAAGUUCACCUACACCGGUGGACAGUCAGCUUGCUGAAAAUGGAAUGCCAGAUUUUUGUCGCAUUGAUGAGCCACUAUGCAAGGAUGAAAAUGCCUUUCUCACCUUUGAAGCUAUCCGUAAUAUCCAUAAGCAGAUGGAUGAUGAUGCAAACGGCAAUGUAGACGUCGUAGAGACAGAUGGCUUCCUGAGAGAAGAUUUAAACUACCAUGACCCCAAGGCCAAACAUAACAGCUUCCAUGGGGAUGACCAGUUCAUCAGUGUGGAGGACUUGUGGAAUUCAUGGAAGGGCUCUGAAGUGUAUAAUUGGACAGUGGACGAGGUGGUGAAAUGGCUCAUCACCUAUGUGGAGCUGCCGCAAUAUGUGGAUGCAUUUCGCAAGAUGAAUUUCAAUGGAAGUGCCAUGCCAAGGCUUGCUGUAAAGAACACCACUCUGACACUCUCUAUUCUGAAGAUUUUGGAUCGCAGCCAUGUGCAAAAGUUGCAGCUCAAAUCUUUGGACACCGUACUCUUUGGAGCACCACUGAUGAAUAGACAUAACCACUUGAAGGACUUCAUGCUGGUCGUGUCAAUAGUCAUAGGCAUGGGUGGAUGCUGGUUUGCCUACAUCCAGAACCGCUACUCUAAGGACCAUAUGAAGAAGAUGAUGAAGGACCUAGAGGGCCUGCAGAGAGCUGAGCAGAGUCUGCAUGACCUGCAAAAGAAGUUGCAGAUUGCCCAGGAGGAGCAUCGAACAGUUGAAGUAGAGAAGGUAAAUCUUGAGCAGAAGCUGAGGGAUGAGAUAAACGCUGCUAAGCAGGAGGCCCAACGAUUGAGAGAGCUGCGUGAAGGCACAGAGAAUGAGCUGAGUCGCCAAAAGUAUGCAGAAGAAGAGCUCGAACAGGUGCGCAUGGCAUUGAAGAAGGCAGAGAAGGAGUUGGAGUCACGGAGUAGCUGGUCGCCACCAGAGUCUCUACAGAAAUGGCUGCAGCUCACCCAUGAGGUGGAAGUGCAGUACUACAACAUCAAGAAGCAAAAUGCUGAACGGCAACUACUGGUGGCCAAAGAAGGGGCAGAGAAGAUAAAGAAAAAGAGGAACACUCUCUUCGGGACUUUCCAUGUGGCUCACAGCUCCUCCCUGGAUGAUGUGGACCACAAAAUAUUAGCAGCAAAACAAGCCCUUGGCGAGGUGACCGCUGCUCUGCGAGAGAGGCUGCAUCGCUGGCAGCAGAUAGAGAUCCUAACGGGUUUUACCAUCGUCAACAAUCCAGGCCUCCCAUCACUGGCCUCGGCCCUCAACCUCGACCCCACUUUCAUGGGCGGCAGAGCUACGCCUCAGCACUUCAUCAUGUCUGACGACAUGGACGACAUGGACGAGGAUAUCGUACCCGGAACUCUGCCAUAUGGCAAUCGACUGUUGGAACGGCGAGCUAGUGACCUGUGGUCCAUUGGUUCAGACUGUCAGCCCGUGUGGAAAUAUCCUGCUCCCAGUAUGAUGUCUCUGCGCCAACGCCACAUUGAUCCCCAGCUGGCCCUGGGCUCCCAGAGGGAUCUAAAUCGCUCCGACUCAGACUCCUCUUUGUCCCUUUCACAAGUUGGUGAUCGGCUGUCUGCCUACAGCUCCAAAGGCCACCUAAUCAAGCCCACUUCUCUCAUGCAUGGCCUGUCCAACCGGGCAGAUGAUGCCGUCUCACUGCAUGCUCACACCCCCAAUGGAGGGAACCGUGUUCACGAGGGAGGUCCCGACAGCCCCAUACUCAUGAAGAAGGUGUACAGCCUGGGAGAGAUCAACAGUCUGUCCGAGUCAUCUCGCUCACUCAGCCCAAACUCCACUGAACCUGACACACCAUCACCAACAGGAGGGCAGGUAGGAGUGGUGGGAGUUAAAGCCAACAGCCGCAUCCCACAGCUGUCCUCCAAGAAGAGCCCCCUAGAGGAAGAUAGUGGUUCAACAGGAGAAGACACAGAUUCAGCUGCCAGCCGUAAGAAACAUACCUUCAAGAUCUUCAAAAAACAGAGGAAAUAAAAGCUAAAUGAACUAUGGGCUACCAAAGCUGUCUGACUGUAUUCCUCUGUUUGACCUGUUUUUGUUUUUGUUAUGUUUUUUAGUUUCUAGUUUUGGGGGUUCAUUAAUGGUCACAUGAUAGCAAAAAAAUUUGUCAUUGAAUCUUUUUGUAGGUUACAACACCUACUUUGAGAGACUGUGGACUGUUUUACCCAGCUUUAUCUGCUUAUACUUGGUCAAUGUUGAGUAUGUGGGGAAUGGGCAGGUUUGUAUAUUGGAAUGUAAAGUAUUAUUUAUUCUGCAGGAACUUGUGCCAGUGUCAAAGGGAAAUAUGUCUCCCUCUUGUUUCCUUUUUUUUCCCUUCUUGUUCUACAAUCUAUAACAUUUUGCAUGUCUUCACUAUUGUUUGACAGAUACUCGAAUGCUCUUAGUGUUUGCUUGGUUCUUGUUGUUAACCUGCUUAGACAACACUUGUUUCUUUUAUUACUAUCAAAACACCUACAAGUCCAAAGUGAAUGCGCACUCCUGAGUAUUUUCUUUUUAUUGAGGGGUACACUUUGUCUGUUUUCUUUUUGUUGAUGUCUUGUUUGCGGAGAAAAUGGCACAUUCAGGGGAUCUUCAAAUAUAAGAGGUGUAUUAGAAUGCUCCUGUAUAUUACCUUUGGCUGUAAAAACAAAUGUUGCGUGUUGCUAUUUGAACUCAGUAUAUUACGAUGCCUUCUUAGGGCCAUUCUAAGUAAUAAUAAUAAUAAAAAAACAAAAAACGAUCAGGGAGGGGGUGAUACUCUGAAAAAGAAAAAAUCCUAACUUUUAUGAGAUCUUAUGUGGAAAAUUUAUUUUUAAAAUGAAUGCAAAAAACCCCAAAAACUAUAGUCUCACAUUGAAGUCACAAAUAUACAAAAUAAAAAUGUUCCUCUUUUUGUAAAGCAAUCUCAUCACACUAGAUGGUGCUUUGCCUCUAUUAUUCCUACUGACAUUAUUCAGAUGCAGUCAGCAACUAUCUGGGAGCCCAUAAUAUCACAUUAAGUAUAGCAGUUUAUUGGGUUAUUCAGAAGAAAUAUACUGAUCUGCAUGAGAUGCUUUUGUGUAACAGUUAUUCUUGCAUCACGCCUCAACUUGGCCAUUCUCUGUUUAGCAAUAGAAACCAAAUUUUUAAAAAGAUAAAAUAAAGAUGAUUAUUAAGGGUUUUUAAUUUUUUUCUCAGAAUAUUAAUCAGUUAUCUUUUUUUCCACAUAGAACAGCCCUAAUAAGCUGUCCUAGUGUAUCAGCAUUAACCGCUGGGUCUAAAUGUAUUUGUAUUGCACCCUAGAGGUAAAUUCUUGCAAAGUAUCUAAAGGACCAGCAUCAGACCUUUUGCGGUUUUGAGUUUUAGUGCAUUUGAAAAAUGGGAGAGUGAAGAAUGUCUCUUCUAUCUCUUUGCUGAAAUAUCCAGCUUAAGGACUAUCACUGAUUAAACUGGGGUUUUACACACACCCUCACUGAACCAUAUGGUUAUCAGGUGUUUGAAGACUAAAAAUGUCUAGGGUGUAUAUAGAAAUAAUUUUUUUAUUAGGCAAAAAAUUACCAAGAUGUUUGAAGUGGCAGCCAUGAAAUGCAAUGGUAUCUUUAGGUAUUUAAUUUUAAAGUUAGGAUACACAUUAUGAAAAAAAAAAUACUAGAGAUGCUUGCUUUCUACACCUGUAUAUCAUAAGAAGAUGUACAGCUUUGGGUUUGUUUUGUAAGAAUAGCCCCUUGAAGGUUAACCAGGAUCCCACAAUUUUCACGUAAUGUGGAUUGGGCUAUGCUGUCCUGUCUUUUAGUUUUAUUAUUUUGUUUGUCUUUUUAGUGGACAAUAAAAGAUCCACAGCAGUUUUUCAGUGAGGAUUGGUUGUUGGUAAGGGCUAUAAUUAAGGAAAGUCUUUUGCUCUGUACAAGACUGAAAAUUUAAAGUUGUAACCACUUCUGGUUAACGUUUUAUGGAGGCAGGAAGUCAAUCAUGUAAAAGUGCCAAAUUGUGAUUUCUGUCAGAGGCCUUUGUAUUUGUAGUGUGUUCUAAACCUUGAGCCCCUUUUGCACAGAAGACAAAAGUGCAUGAUGUAUACAGUAAUGUAUAUUCAGAGAUGAAAUGCUGAAUGUCCGAGGGUAUUUUCUGUAACAGUAUGAUCAGUACCGUAUGUUUACAUUUGUAACAAAUAAUUAUUCUUCUCAGAUAAGUACAACAAAAAAACAACAACCUUGUGCCAGUUUUAAUGUUGAUUGCUUUAUUUGAGCACAAAACUAUGCAUCUAGUUGUAGGUGAUUACUAAAGUAGUAGGGACGCCAGUACACUUGGGGUGCUCCUGAUCAACGAACAACCAAAAAGUGCUGCAGAAGACACAGAAAGUCUCCCCCAGCCUCAUAAUGUAACAGGUGGUUUGGAUUUAUAAGACACGUUUAAAUAUUUUAUUUAAAAAAAUAAGACGAGCUUAAAAAAAUAACAAUUUCCUACUGGUACUUUUUUAAAGUGUCAUUUGUACCUUUUUUGCACGACAGAGCUGUAAAUUGGUUAUGCCAUCUGAAUGUGUGAGUGUACGUGCGUGUGUCUGUCUGCUCCCGGUAUAAUGCACUGUAACGUUGAUGCAUGUCAUCUGUCAUAACGAAACCUAUAUUGGGUUAAAAGAGUGGAUCAGCUUAAGCUCUUAAGUCCUCCACCCUACUUUUCUCCUUGUCUUUAUUUUGAGCUUCUAUUUAUGAAAAACUACAGUAUAUUUGUACAGGGAAAAAAAAUCAUUUUGCAUCUAAUGUUGUGGUCUAAACUUUGAUGGCACUCCUGCAUGAAAGCAAUAAACUAUUUUGA